AGAGAGCCAUACAAGUGCUGCCGAUUUUUGAAAUUGCUUGGUUGAAAUCUUCAAUCAAGGCCCAACGGUUCAUUUGUUUACUGAGCAUUGUGCACCUCGUGAACUGGCGUGGUGUGUGAUGUGAAUCUGCAUAGUUGAGGAAAAAGCGCGUGGUGACUGGGAUAGACUCGAAAUCCUUAUUUGCGGGCUACGGUACGUGAAUUUGAUAUUUGAGGAUGUUUGCUUCGAAUGGGAGAAAAAUGCUGUUUCACCUCGUAGAUCUAAAAGUUGAAGAAGAUCUCGAAAUCCACAAUUUGAUAGUCGAUAAUGGGGGAAGAGUGGUCAAAUACCAUGAAUGUGAUGUUAUGGUGCUUGCAAAUCGAUAUCAUCAUAAAAUUGAUCGUGUGUUCCACAUAAAUUUUGUUCGUGAUUCGGUGAACAAGGGGGGCUUGUUGGACAUGAUUCCGUAUAUGUUAGGACCAGAGAAGCACAUGUGUCUGAUCAGCUUGUACCUAUAUGGGAAAAGUUCAUGCUCCGUUAGCUCCAGAGAUGCAUCCAUUCAAACUUGCCGAAGCUUGACUGAUGAUAAUUUAUCUGAAAUAAAUGUUGUCUCUCCUUCCAAGUUGACAAUUAGGAGUGACGACGAGGUACCUAGCAUUGAACACCAGUCCCAAGAGUUUUCGUCUACAUUUCAUGAAGAUGCCUCUGACUCAAUGAGUCCAAACUUAAUGAGAUCCGCAUUGGAAAUCGAACAGUCUGCAUCCCAACUCAAACAAAAUUUCUCGAGAUCUCCAAUGCAAACUGACCUUGAUGAAACCUUCUUUAGAAGUAUUAACGAGAGUUUAUCAGAGCAGAUGAAGCGAAAGGCGGAUUCUCCGGUCAGUGAAGCGGAGACGAUCGUUAUUCGUAAAUCGCAAAAAACUACGCAGAAACAGUAUCCGGAUUCGGAUGAGUCUUUCAGCUCUCCCGAAAAAAACAGAGCGCUUUUCGAUAUGCCAUCACCUUUGCGUAUGCAACCCAGAAGCCAUGCAACAAAAAAUUUCACUAGCAAUGAUCUUUUGGACGAUACGGCCAUAAUUGAUGACUCGGAUGUAUCAGAUGGGCCAGCUCCAUCAAUUAAUCCUCUGAAACGAGUCUCUACAGAACAAAAGAGUAGUUCCUCGAACGUUGAAACAAAGAGCUAUUACUUGGGAAAUGCUGCAGGGAGGCAGAACUCAAAACCUGUGACAGACGAAUCUGCAACAAUAGAUUCAGAUGACGAAAUAGAGGUUAACGCCCCUGUAACUGUUCGGCGUACCAAGCCCGCGACAAUAAGUUCAUGGAUAUCCAGGAAAAAUUCCACCCAAAAAAAUAUCAAGGUGACAGAGAUAAACAACACUGCACCUCCCAGGCAGCUCCAAAGAGAAAUUAAGAAUGACAAGAACGAAUGUUCUCUGUCCAAAACAAAGAGUCGGCCUUCAAAGCGGCUCAAAACAGCACUGAUCAGACAAGAGUCUACAGAUAUGGAAGAUCUAUCAGACAGUGCCAGUGAUACUGAGAAACCAUCCACGUCUAAGAGAUCUGGCGUAUCAAAAAAAUCUCAGAAAUCCGCUGUUGUGAAAGCUAAAGCCGCAGGGACUAAGAAGUCCCUGAAGAAAAAAAAUAAUUCUGCUAGGAAGAGAAAUUUAUUGAUGUCAUCUAGUGAUGAAACCGAUUUUGAAACGAACCAGGAGCAGUGUGGUGCUGCAGAGGAGACCGGGACCGAAGUAGCCAAAGCUAAAGACGUACCAGAGACGAAGGAAAGCGCCCAUCCCUCACAUCCUCCUCUCACACGGAACUAUGCGCCUUGGGAACAAAAACAAAUGAUAAAAUACUUGAUAGAAACACGCCAGAUUCAUCUUGCUAAAGGAUACCAGGUGUGGGGAAAGAUGGUCGGUACCGGGAAGUUAAGGCAUAGAUCAGUCGGUUCACUGAACAACAACUUCCGGAGAUCUAUACUGCCCAACAUAAAAAUGUUCAUAACGGAAGGCAAAGAUCGUGAUAGGUUCCUAAGUCUGUUGUGAUUGGUACCGUAUUACUUUUUAUACCAGAUAUUAUUAUUUCUUAUAUCGUUUGUUAAAAAUAUGUUUAAUCACACACCUUGAGUCUGACUUUUUUAUAUAAGUUUGUAUUGUUUUUCUGUUUGUAUACCUGUAGAAAGUAACUACUUAACGUCCAUUAUGUUUGUAUAUUUUAUCAUUAUUUAAAUACCAAAUACGUUCGAUAAUAUACUUGAAAGUAUUAUGACAUAACAACUAAGUUUGAUAAGCAACCUGCAAAUGUUUUAAUAUGAAAACUAAACUCGUUUGAUAAUAUACCUAAAAAUAUUAUAUUACUGAAAAUAAAUUCGUUGUUCAAAA